AUGAGCCCAAUUGUCCCACAAACUGUGCCCGAGGAAGUGGUCACUAUGACACCGCGUGGGGAUAAUAAUACGUAUUUUAUGGAAGGGUUAAACACUCCACCAGGUUCACACGGCAAGUCAAGCUCAGUGCACUUUGCAGACCCUGACGAAGCUUCCUAUCUUUCACAUUCGUCCAACAUUUUGUCGCCUCGCUUUGGUGUGCAUUCCAGUGAUGUAGAGCUUACAACACCCGAGACACCCGAGGAAGAACCGAUGGAAGCUGGCAGUCAAACUGGCUUUUCAUUACCUGCGCUUCAGAAUAAAAAUGGCGGUACCAAGAAGUAUCAGCAGUAUGUACAUCGUCAACUACAGCAGCCACCACUAUCGCCUCACACACGUAGCGCAGGAAAGCUGUCUAAGGAGUCAGCUAGAGAACUGGCCAAGACGGCCCUCAACAUUCGGUCAACAAUAGUCGGAGACUUUACUUUUGAAACCCCACACGACGUCGUGGGCAGUAAAUUACGAGAGAGCAUUCGUCGUGUCACUGCUUUCUCCAAACGAGAGGCUCCACUUGACACAGAGCUAAAUACAGCUGUACGAGUCGCUCAUCAUCUUCGUAAGUGCGAAUUAAGACUCGAUCCUGAUACGAUUACAUGGUCAAGAGGCAACAAGACGCUCGGUAUGCUAGUGACAGACGAUGUGGUGGGCGCUGAGAUUAUUGCGAAAAAGAGUGCCGGCUCAUUUCGUGUACACUAUUUUCAAAAAGGUCGUGGUACCGGAGCUAAGGCUCUUUUGCGUACACCCAGGUUUAUCGAUUUCCAUUGUCUUGAGACUGACGUUGUGGAAAGUUGGGUUGGUGCCAUUCAAGAGCUUGUAAGAUGGCAAGCUCGUGCUCCGCCUAUAUCCGAACAGCGGCUAUUGAAGGUGGUAGUGAACCCACACUCUGGUAAACGUCAGGCACGUCGAAUUUGGGAAGAAAAAGUGAAGCCUUUUCUUGAUUUGGGUAAUUUUAAAUACGUGGUGGAAGAAACGACUCAUUCUGGUCAUGGCACUGAAAUGGGUAAGAGUUACUCAUCCGACGAUGGAUUUGAAGCACUUGUGUUUAUUGGCGGGGACGGUACACUGUGUGAGUUUAUGAAUGGAUUGUUGACCCGCCCAGAGCACGAGUGGCGUGAAAUUGUGGCUUCGACGCCAAUUUCACUUAUUUCGGCUGGCACGCAAAAUGCUUUUGGUACAGGAGCGGGUAUUCCUACGGUGAAUGCAGCUUUAUACUGCAUUUUGAAGCGUAAAAUGCGCCCACUCGAUGUCGUGACGGCUGUGUCGGCUGCCAAUCCAGAUGUAGUGCAUUACAGCUACUGCGGCCUAGGGUGGGGAGUGGCAGGCGACAUUGCUGCCGAGUCGGAACGUUAUCGUUGGAUGGGUACAUUUCGAUAUGCAUUUCUUAAAGUAAAGCGCACAGUGAUUUUGCCAAAACAACACACUGGUCGUGUUCGGUACGUACUUACGGAACCUCAACCACCGCUUAUACGAUACGACGACUAUCCAGAUGCCGGUGCAAUGGAUCAAUUUGAAGUGGAAGAAGGAACAGUGUAUGAAAUGGAUCGCUUGAGCCAGCACCGCAAGUCGUGGGGUGGCAUUGCUGGCGGUAUCUCAAGCCCUGCAAGCCACAAACGUUAUCCCGAAUUUUUAUGGAAGGAGGACUCUAACAGCUACGUUGUGGUCGGUGUUGUUAACAUCUCCCCUGAUGGCGCCUUCUCGCACCCGUCAGAUGGUAAUCUUGACCUUAUUCUCACUCGUAAGGGCGGUUUGUUGGCCUCAGCGAAGCUCUUUGGGCUGUAUGUGAUGGGCAAGGAACUCAAGAGCCCACUUAUUUCUUAUCUUAAGAUUAAAGCAGUGGAAAUUGUACCGGACCAACCCGACGAUUGCAUGAACAUUGAUGGCGAAGUGCUAAAAGGUGGCCCCUGGCGUAUGGAAGUGGUACCAAGUCUCUUUAAAGUGCUGUCCGAAAAGUAA